AUGGGAAAGCUUAACUAUUCGAAAUGGGAUAAUCUCGAGCUUUCAGAUGAUUCAGACAUUGAGGUACACCCCAAUGUUGACAAAGGUUCAUUCAUUCGGUGGAAACAGCGUGAUAUCCAUGAAAAACGAGAGAUGCGCAAGAUUCAGCGCUCACAUUUGGAGGCUGAGCAUCGCACGAACGUCGCGGUUGCCCCAAUCCUAGAAAACUUGUCCAAAGCAACAGAGAAAGAAGGUGCUGCCUAUUACUCACGCGAGGUAUCUCGUUUGACAGCAGGUCGACAAGAGCGCGGGAACAAGGACGGUCCCGAAGGACCCACGUUGGAUGAUAUUAUGCUCUCGCUUUUGCUUAAAAUCAACGAGGAGGCUGAUGUCAAGUCAUCUCAUGGCACAAAAGAACUCGAUAGUGUUCUUGUUUCUGCGAUUCAACGGCACAUGCAAAAACUCGAGGCACGAACGAACGAGAUCUCAUCAGAACUAAAACGGAUGGACGAAGAAGACAGAAAGAAAAUCACUAGUGAUAGUCUUCGCGAGGGAUGGAACAGCAGUCAUGUUACCAAGAUAGAAGAGCCACCAACCAAGAAAAAUUCUUGGCCCCCGAACAAGGGUAAAGUGCAUCAACAGCACAUUGAAACUCUCAAUCCUAGCUCCGCACAAUUGUCAUCGAACCCAAGUUCGCAUGGUCCUAGAAAGGCGGAUGAUUCUGAUGACGAAGAUAAUAUGCCUACUAUCACACCCGUAAUGAAAGAUUUCGCGAGUCUUCCAAGCGCUUUGGAGCCUAUUCCAUUAUCUACUGAUAAGUUUCCACCCGGAUUCAAUCCUGCGAAGCAACUCAAGCUAGACGCAUUCGACAAAAUGUUUCAGUACCUUGGCUCGCACAAGGAGCUUCUUCGUCCCGACUACGGGACGUCAGACGCGCUUUUGGUCCAGGCCUUUGAGGCCCAGAUGGCCGGUCAGAAGUCCCUGGCUCGCAUGUGCACUGAGAAAGCUUUGCUGAUUCAGUACUGUAAUCAGCUAGGUAAGGACGGCGUAAGUCUAUUUUUCCAAAGGAUGACGAAUACCGAUGGUCGGGCGGCCGUUGUCUUCUUAAACGAUGUCCUUUCGACAUACGCACGCAUUGCAUCCCGUGCAAACGUCAUGAAGGACAGGUACCAGGCUGAAGGCGAGGGCGAAGAACAAAUUCAACUCAUGGCAGAAGAUCCCAACACGGUCAUCACCUUCCAAAUUCCUGAUGGACCACCACCUAACGAGAUCAAACUAGAGGGAGAUGGAGCUGAUACCUUGGACCCUGCUCAUGUACGAGAGUGGCUACAAAGGCGCUGGGAUAUUUUCAACAGCUUCGAUGUCGACUUCCGUCGCGCACUAGAAACUAAAGACUUGGACCAAGUUAAUCAGGCAUUGGGCCGUAUGCCUGUUGCUCAAGCCGAGGUCGUAGUGCAGGACUUGGAUCGUGCUGGCAUUCUCAACUUUCGAAGCACCGAAAUUCGUGAUGAGACCGGUAGGUCGUAA